UAGAGAGGAACUAUGUGGACACAUUUAAUCAGUUUGACGUUUCUUGGUGAAUAUUUUAUUCUGAAAGAUUCAGGCCGGAAGUCGCCCUGUUGUGGCUGUUAGAAGAACACGGAAGUCCGUAGUUUUAGCAGCGAAAGUAGACAGUAUGAAUGUCCACAUGAUAACUUUCAACACGUCUAAAGUGACAAUGUUAAGAGAGUUGGUGUAUCAGCAGUCUGACUGCUGCUGCUGAAGAGAUAUUUGGACUGUUUGAAAGAACCACAGCAGAGUAUGAAGAGGAACUUUCUCGUUUACAGCGGGAGAACGAGCGACAACGCAAACUACUGGACGCUGUUUUAAAGCCUGAAGUUCGGCUACACAGAGCAGUAUUAACAGCGGACAUUCAGCAGGACCCCGAGGCCCCACAUCUUAAAAAGGAACAGGAGCAACUCUGGAGAGUUCAGGAGGGACAGCAGAUUCAGGGGCCUGUCUUUUUCAAGAGUGAAGAUAAUGAAGAGGAGGCUCAGUCUUCACAGCUUCAUCAAAGACAGACUGAAGAGAACAGAGAGGCAGAGUCUCCAGCCAGCAGCUCAGCUCAACAGAUGGAAACAGAAGGUGAUGGACAGGCCUGUGGAGAAUCAGAACCAACAAGGAGAUUAAAUCUAGAUAGUCAUUUACAACCAGCUAAUGAAAAUGAGACUCCAGACUCCUCUGAACAACCUGAUAACAGUGAUGAUGACUGGAGGCAGAGCAGGGGACCUCAGUCAGAUUUAAACUCUGUGAAAUCAAAGCAGACCCAGACAGGUGUGUCUGUCAGUCAACCAGCUAAUGAUGACAGAACUUCAGACUCCUCUGAGCCUGAGCCUGAAAACAGUAAUGAUGAGUGUGAGGAGAUAUGGGAACCUCAGUCAAAGUUAAAAAGAAAAGAGAAAGACUGUAACACUGGCAAGACGUCUCUAAGCUGCUCUGGGUGUGGUAAAACAUUUGUCCCCAUAAAAAGUGCCUCGGGAGAGAAACCAUUUGUCUGCUCAGUUUGUGUUCAAAGAUCUGUACAGAAUAUACAUUUACUCAAACCGAAGAGAACUCACUCUGGAGAAAAAACUUUCAUGUGUUUAGUCUGCAAGAAACAAUUUAGCUCUAAAGGAGACACUGUAAGACAUAUCCGAAUACACACGGGGGAGAAACCCUUCAGCUGCUCAAUUUGUGGUAAAAGAUUUGCACAGAGCACAUGUUUGGGAACACACAUGAGGACUCACACAGGAGAGAAACCGUUCAGCUGCGCGUUCUGUCCUAAACGUUUUAUCCAGAGUGGAAUUCUGGCUAGACACAUGAGAGUUCAUACAGGAGAAAAGCCUUACAGUUGCUCUGUGUGUAACACCAGUUUUACACUCAGUCAGUCAUUGCUAAAACAUAUGAGGAUCCAUACAGGAGAGAAACCAUUCAGCUGUUCAGUUUGCGGUAAAAAAUUUACACAAAAAGGGAAUCUGACACAGCACAUGACACUCCAUACGGGGGAAAGGUCUUUUGGUUGCCAUGUUUGUGGUAGAAAAUUCACUAGACGUUCACGUGUGAAAAACCACAAGUGUGUUUCUGAGAGCAGUAAAUGAAACAAACUGAAACUGAGGAACUUCCCUAUUUGAGUUUUUCAGUUAUCUGUGUAAGAUAAGAUUAAACCAUCCUGAGCAGAUAGUGGUUGGGGUAGGAAUAUAUAUAUAUAUAUAUAUAUAUAUAUAUAUAUAUAUAUAUAUAUAUAUAUGUAAUAGGGCUGUCUUUUUUCUUUAUUCUCUCUUUUUAAGUUUGAAUAUAUUUAAACUAAUAUAUAAUUUGUGAGUUACAUAUCUAUAAACUCAGCUUUCUUAAAAAUCUGAUGUUUAGAAUGAAAAGUUUGGCACCUUCAUGUUUUAUAUCAGAGUUUUUUUUAUUUAUUUUGAUCAACAGAAAUCAGACACACCUGCACUUCAUGAUUAACCACCUGUUUGUGAUCUAAACUGUAUUUAGUUGCUGUUAUUUAAGAUGUUGCUGCUUACUUGUGCAACUUUUCCAAAGUAAGCUAAAUUCUGAGUACUUCGUCAGCAACAGCAGGAUGUGGGGGAUUCGCUUGUUAAGGUGCUGUAGCCGACAGUGUGUGAUGUGUUUAGUUGUGUGUAAAUCUUCAGGAAAGCACCAGUUUUAUCACAUUUUCUCCUGUCAUGUUCCACAUGAUGUCAGAUACUCUGUCAUAACUGGUCUUGCUGCAGCAGUCCUCAAGUGCAGUGGAAAGAUGGAGAGAAGUGGUUAAGGAAGAAAAAGUGGCAAGAGAGAAGCAUGUCUGAGCAGCAACAACAUGCUCUUGAAAUCAUCAUAAAUUGUCAUAAUAGUGAAUUAUGACCUACUUUAUUUCUCAGAGCCCAAGGUAACAUCCUCAGAUAAUUUAUUUUCUGUUAAAUAAUAAAUUUAGAGAGAUUUAAUUUAUAAAGAUAUGAUAUAAAACAAAACAGGAAAUCCUCAUAUUUAAGAGACAGAUUAACUACCACAAGACAGUGUGUUUAGAAUCUAAGUAGGUGUGGGGAGGGGUUAGUUCCAUUUGAUUAAGUCAAUCAUGAGUUUUAUUUGUUGGCGUGAAUUAUUACAUUUCUUACUUCUUCAAUACCAUGUAUUGUAGAUGUGGAAUCUCACACUGGAAAGAAAUACUUUUGUUACUAAGUUAAAACUGCAGUGGCAAAAGAUUUGGCCAGAAACAGUUGCUCUGAUGAGCUGGAUUGGAACUACAUAACAGCUGGUGUUUACUUAAUCCAGAUGAAUAUUAUUUGUAUCUUAUGAUUUUACUGGUGAAAUAAAACUUUAUGAUCCAGCUUAUGGACUUUUCUGUAUCAUUUUUGAUCUUAAGGUGCACCAUGGAAUUGAGAAUUAAAGUGAAUUUUCUAUCAUUACUAUAUAAGGCAGAUAAUUAGAAUAAAGUUGCAGAGUGAUAUGGAAUUCUUCAGGGGAGCCUGCAUCCCUUAAUUUUGAUCAUAUCAAUUCAAACCAUUUUUAAGAUAAAUGUAUGACUACAGAUUUUCUAACAUAGUGUGCCCCAAUGUUUGAUUUGCUGCAAUGUAAAAAUAUUUUUCUCAUUUCUCACUAUAGACAAAUAUAGAAAUUAUUUUUUCAUUCUAUCAGGGCAACUUAUUGUGGUUUUAUUUUUAUACAAGCAAUCAAAAUUGACAGAAAAAAACAUGGAAUUUUACUAAAAGUAAGGUUAGUCCUCAGUUAAAAACAAAAACAGCACAUCAUGAGAGCAAACAGAGACUCAGGAGGUUUUAAUUUUUGAAAGCCAUUAGAACAAGAACCCUGAAUUUUAACACACACCUACACACCUAACACACCUGUGUGACUGUCUGGUGUACACUUCCAGGAGGGUACAGACCCUCUUUGAAGUCUCUUCCUCCACUGCAGAGAGAGAAAGAUAUCAGAAUUUUCACUUUGAGGCCCAAAGCUCUUCAUGAGAAGUUUUUGUUAAUGAAUAAUAAUUUUGUUAAUGUGCUCUUUCAGUCAACACCUACCACAGUCUAAAGCACCUAAAGACUGUAGAACAGGGUGACAGAGCCUGCUAACAGGCUCAGUCUGUACCAGCAGAAUGAAACAGAGUAUUUGGCAGUCAUGCUGGAAUAACAUGGGGCAUCAGGGUUUGCAAUAGUGGAGUCCAUGCUGGAUCGAGUGCAUGCUGUCAUUAAAGCAACAUACCACACUUUUUUUUUUAAAUUAAUGCCACUGACAAAUUUAAAGCUUGCGUCAAAACAUUUAUCAUUUUAAUUUAAUAAAACCCAUCAUUUAAAUUCA